AUCAGAAAUAACCUCAGAUUGAUUGUCCAGUCCUGGGCAAUGGCUCUAGGUGGCCCUGCUCAACAAAGGAGUCUGCUCAGCCACUGUUUCCAGGACAGGGACGCUGAUGCCUCAUGUGAAAGCCAAGGUCAUACCAGGAGCAGACGACAGGUUCAACAGCACACGGAAACAAUCUGUUGGAGCCCAGUUCCGGCAUUCCCUGAUGGUGCUCAUGGAGAGGUUGUAUUCUGCCAACCCACACUUUGUGCGCUGCAUAAAGCCCAACAGCCAGAAGGAGCCAGGUGUGGUAGACAACGAGAUGGUGCUGCUACAGCUCCGGUACAAUGGACUGCUGGAGACAAUCCGUAUCCGAAGAGAUGGUUUCUCCUGGAGACCCUUCUUUGAGGAAUUUGCUGAGAGAUAUGCAAUUCUUCUAGUUAAACCUGAUGUCUCCCUCACAAAAGAAAGCUGCUUGGAGAUACUGCAAAGUACAGAGCUGAAAGGCUGGAUAUGUGGAAAGUCACGACUUUUCUUUAAGUAUUGGCAUCAGGAACAGCUGGCAAAGUGUGUGGAGCGACUGGAAAGAGCAGCAGUUGUCAUACAGAAAGUUUAUAGGGGAUUCAGAUGCAAGAAGAGUUACGUAAAAUUGGUGGCUGAGCUGAGAGCUCAAGCACAGCAUCUGCAGAAGUUGGCAGAGAGAGAAAGAAGACAGCAGCUGGCCCUGGAAGCAGAGGCCCAGAAAAGGAGCCACUUUCCAGUUCCCAUGCCACGGAAGAGGCACUCUCAGCCUAAUCCCAAUCCUUCUGAUAAGUCACAACAGCCACCAGUGCCACGGCCACGCAGCAAACUAAAAGAGUCCACUCCUUUUGAUAACUUCUUGGACCCUUCUGUACCUCACCCUGUUCUGCGAACAGAGGAGCACACUGGAGAAGAAGCAGAAAUGAGGAAAAUAAAGAGAGGAGCAACUCUCCGCUGGUUCAGAGAGACACAGGCCGAGAAGGUCGUGCAGGAUGAUGGGGCCUUUCCAAGCUGGCUGCAUGGGAUGAUCAGCAGGAGGGAAGCUGAAAACUUGCUGCGUGACAAGCCUUUGGGUUGCUUCCUUGUUCGGAUUAGCCAGAGCCAACCAGGCUACAUCUUGACAUACAGGGGCCAAGACCGCUGCAGACAUUACAUGAUCCAGGUGCAGCCCAACGCACGCUACAUCAUCCUGAGAGAGGACCGGGCUCACGCCUCGCUCACCGCUCUAGUUCGGUACCACCAGACCGUGGGCAUCCAGCCCUUCAUGGAGAUACUGACCGUUCCCUGUGCGCAGAAAAGUAGUAAUGACCUGGAUUAUGAAAAUCUGGAGUACCCCACGCUGAGUUCACCCGAAGGCAAAGUAGCGACCCCUUCACAGAAGGAGCCCCGUCCCUCCAUGCCUUCCAUCAGCAAACCUGUUCUGCCAUGGUUCAGAAAGAGCAAGAAUUUCCAAAACCAACAGACCCUGGACAAGAGUAGGACAAAUCCAAGCUCUAGAGAGAGCAGACAGCAAGCCUUCCCUCGCCUCCGCUCUUCCAUACGACUGGCGAUGCAGGAAAUCCAGCAGUUCAAUUCCUAUUCCGUGAAUGUCCCUGAACAGGGGCAAUCGAGCCGUCACCGCUGAGGAUGUGUAGCCCAAAUGACUCGGUAAGGAGGAGGCACGAGGGCAAAAAGCAAUUGCAGCUCCCCGGGAAAUGGAGGAGUAGAGGGGCUCUUCCCUUCAUGCUCCACCUGGAGCACCUCUUGGCCGCAAGCUACAUAGAAAUAGAGUAGGAAAAACAGAGGGCAGCAGCCAGCUUCCGUCCCAGGACUGCAAAGAGACCGGGAGAACUGGGAAGAAUCAGCUGAGGUUUGGGUUCCCAGCAGCUGUGGUGCAGAGUGCCUGCAGUACAAUGGCAAGGCUGCUGGAGGGAGCUCACAGUUUGUUGGAGGCCUGGGGCUGGAAGGACUAGGACUAUUAAAAUGCCUGUCUGCAGUGGCUUAGUGUGGUAGAGGGAGGUGCUGUGGGUAGCAGGGGCAGUGAGCUGAAAGGAAGGCUUAAAACAUUGGAUAAGGCAGCAACUUUUAUUGCUCUGAAGAGGACUUUAAACAAGAAGGCUUUAACAAGGUCUCAGCAGCUGGAAGCACAGCUGGUUAAUGAGACUGUGGUCCAUUGGGUGGGUUAUAGGAGUCUAUGGAGUGGGCCAGGAGGGGCCUUUUGGCAGACCUUGCAUUGUCUGAAGAAUCUAGUGGAUGUGCAGCUCCCACUCAGUUGCUGAAGGCAGGUGGAAACUGUAGUGGUGCCGCUGUACACCUCUGGAAAAAUAUCAGGAUAUAUGUGAACUGGGAGUGGAGAAGGAUCAAAAGACCAUGUUUUUGGCUGCUGACCCACCACAGGGCUUCCAGCCUUGCACCAGGAUUGCCGAGCUUCCUGCACAGUUCCACUCCCACCUGGAAUUCAUGCUGUAGCAAAACUUUUUAGCUGGGGCCUGUCUUGUCUUUUUCUUGAUGGCUGAGAAAAUCCUCUCCCUGAAGUAUUUGACUCAAUUGCUUGAUUUCUCUACAUACCAUUCAUUGAUGUACCCAGGGGAUACUCCCUAUGUCUGAGGUUAGGCAGAGGAAAGACAAACUGCAUAGACAACUUCAAGCUUGUUGCACUGGGAUAGCUGAAUGAAAGCCUCAUUUUAUGUCCUCCAAUGAGUUAUGUUUCUUGACUUUCUUGCAGGUCCAAGUGGCUCAGCCCUAUUCUCUUCCAGUGCUGCUGGGCCUUGCCUAGUAGUGAAUGUAUUCAGACAUAGAGUUGCCUUUUUCCUUUUCUCUCUCUCUCUUUUUUUUUUUUUUUUUUUUCUCUGCACCCACCUGGCUCUGUGCCUUUAGGCAGGACUGAUGCAGAAAUUAACUCAGUCAUUCUCAGUGGCUGCAACUGCAGUAUCUGGACAAGUCUGACCCUGGCAGAGGGAGAGGAUGGGAGCAGUAACACUCUGCACAGACCCACAGUACCUGACAAUCUGCGUGUCAACACUUCAGUGUUCCCAGAGACUCCUCACUUAGCACUCUGAAUAGCCACAAACUGCGUAUCUCCCAAGAACCUGUUCUGUCACAAAUACCUGUUCUGAUUGCCUACCUCUUUCUCCUCAAGUCGUCUCUCUCUGUUUUGGUCCUGUGUAUCUGCUGCUCUGGAAGCUAAGGGGGAUAUAAAUAAGACUGAUCUGUCGUUUUUGUUGAGUGCAGGAGCACUUGAACAGAAGCUGAGAAGGGUCAAGAAGAUCCUUCUUGCAGAGGGGAUUUCCUGCCCUUGCAUCAGCAGCAUGCUGCUCCCCAGUCCUUGACCAGAGCUCAAGUCAGGGAAUCACUGGUGAAACAUUCAUCCUGGCUGAAAUCAUUACAAGUCUGGGCUGGACAACAUGCUGCUUUACACUGAGUGUAGAGGGUUUGGAAUAUAAGGGACCAAACUACUUGUACUGUUCUUAAUACCUUUUCAAGUAAAUCUCUUUUUAUUCUAUAA